GCUCAGUCAGCCGCUGGACGCCUCUUCCAUCUCCUCCGCCCCAGGACUGUGCACAGGCAGUAGUCACCGAGGAAACUUGUGGCGAUUACACGGGGAGGCAGCUUAAGGAGUGAGGCCCACGGGGCCUCAGGUUUGAACUUGCUGUUGUCUUUGACCAUCAGAGUGAAAGAUGGUGUGUUUGGCCUUUGCCAAAGCCAGGAUUGAUUAGCUUCGGGACAUGCAAUACUCAGUGAGCCGCAACGAGGAGUCCUUUCCUAUAUUUGCCCCGAACUGGUUUCCUCGUGAGUCUUUUGCCAUCUGGAGGCCUCCUCCUCAAGCCAUCGCCACUUGCUGAGACAGAUGCUCGGAAGAGGUUGCCAUGUCUGACUCCACACUUCCUGAUGCCAUGGCCAAUGAGAGCAUUGAGCUGUCCCACUGCUAAGCGAGGGGGCGCCAGAGAGGAAAGGAGACAUGUUGGGACCAAGGCCUGGGGACCACUGCACUGAAUUCUGUUUCUAUAGCUACUACUGUAGUAACCAUGGAAACGCUAUGGAGGACUGCUCUGAUCUGCUCUUUGGUUGUCGUCAUGGUUGCCGCAGAGGUCGCAGGAGGUCGCAGAGAGGAGUUUGCACAGUCACAAGCUGCCUUCCUGUCCAGUCUUGGCCAGUAUGAAAUUGCAAUUCCAGUACGUGUAGGACCCGAUGGGGAGACGCUACACACAAAAUCCUCUCAGUACCACAGAAGAAGACGCAGCACAGAAGAAAAGACACCAUCUGACACCUCACUGUACUACCAGCUGUCUACGUCACACAACAACUUCCUGCUGAACCUGACUCUGCAGGGAGGCCUACUGUCCCGCCAGUUUAGGGUGGAGUACUGGAAAAGAGGCAGAUUAGCUUGGAGUCACCCUUACUCUGCCCACUGCCAUUAUAUAGGACACCUACAGGACCAGCUGCAUUCUAGCAAAGUGGCCCUCAGUAACUGUAACGGCUUGCAGGGGGUGAUUUUUGCUGGGGGAGAAGAGUACCUGAUUGAACCCCUUAUUUCACCAGCUAACCAAACCAGGCCAGAAAGAGGGGACCGAGCCGAGGGGCGCCCCCACGUGGUUUAUAAGCGCUCAUCCCUCCACCAUCAGUAUAAAGGCCAAUCUUGCGGCGUGAUUGAUGAAAAGUCAAUCAAGAGCUCAUCAUGGUGGCAGAGGACGCUAAAGACGCCUCCCCAUCAUGUUGGUCGUGGCCAGUUGCCACUGAAGCGCUCGGUGAGCUGGGAACGCUAUGUUGAGACGUUGGUGGUAGCUGACAAGAUGAUGGUGGGAUACCAUGGUCGUAAAGACAUUGAACAGUACAUCUUGGCCCUUAUGAAUAUUGUUGCCAAACUGUUCCAGGAUUCUAGCCUGGGGAAUGCAGUCAACAUUGUGGUGACACGGCUCAUUCUUCUCAUGGAGGACCAGCCUACAUUGGAGAUUAAUCACCAUGCAGGCAAGUCUUUAGACAGCUUCUGCAAAUGGCAGAAAUCUAUCCAGCAUCGGAGCAGUUAUGGAAAUGCUAUCCCGGACAAUGGCAUCGCUCACCACGAUACUGCUGUACUCAUCACCAGGUAUGACAUCUGCAUCCAAAAAAACAAGCCCUGUGAAACAUUAGGUCUUGCGCCUGUUGGAGGAAUGUGCGAGCCAGAGAGGAGCUGCAGCAUCAACGAGGAUAUUGGCCUCGGAACAGCUUUUACUAUUGCCCAUGAAAUUGGACAUACGUUUGGAAUGAACCAUGACGGUGUUGGUAAUACGUGUGGGCCCGGUACCCAGGAGACGGCCAAACUGAUGGCUGACCACAUCACCAUGAAGACGAACCCAUUCAUCUGGUCGGCCUGCAGUAGAGAUUACAUCACCAGCUUUCUGGACUCUGGUAUGGGAGCCUGUCUGAACAACGUUCCCCCAAAGCAAGAGUUUGUGUACCCCACGACGGCCCCAGGUCAGGCCUAUGACGCAGAUGAACAGUGUCGCUUUCAGUAUGGAGUCAGAUCUCGACAAUGUAAAUACGCAGAGGUCUGCAGUGAGCUUUGGUGCAUGAGCAAGAGUAACCGAUGCAUCACCAGUAGCAUUCCUGCCGCCGAGGGAACCAUUUGUCAGACCAACACCAUUGAGAAAGGGUGGUGCUACAAGAGGAUCUGCGUAGCAUAUGGGACACGUCCAGAAGGUGUGGAUGGGGGCUGGGGACUCUGGUCACCUUGGGAAGAGUGCAGCAGAACCUGUGGAGGUGGCGUGUCCUCCUCUAUGCGAUACUGCGACAGCCCGAGGCCAACCAUUGGUGGAAAGUACUGUCUGGGAGAAAGAAAGCGCUACAGAUCCUGCAAUAUUGAUGACUGCCCUAUCGGCUCCAGGGACUUUCGGGAGUUGCAAUGCUCCAACUUUGAUAGUGUUCCUUUCAGAGGGAAGUUCUACAUGUGGAAGCCGUACAGGGGAGGAGGGGUGAAGACAUGCUCUCUGAACUGCCUGGCAGAGGGAUACAACUUCUACACAGAGCGUGCUCCAGCAGUAGUCGAUGGCACGCAAUGCAGAGACGACUCUCUGGAUAAAUGUGUAAAUGGCGAGUGUAAGCACGUCGGCUGUGAUCGCAUUCUCGCCUCAGAAGUUCGCGAGGACCGCUGUCGCAUCUGCGGGGGUGAUGGAAGCAGCUGCGAAUCUGUAGAAGGAGUUUUCAAUGAUUCUCUGGCAGAAGGAGGUUAUGAAGAGGUCAUCCGAAUCCCAAAAGGCUCAGUGUUCAUCCACUUCCAACAGCUCAACAUUUCUCUCAAUUACAUUGUGCUGAAGAGUAAGAACGAUCAGUCCUUCAUCGAUGGGAAGCUGGCCGCUGACACGCCACACAGGCUUUAUAUUGCUGGAACAACUUUCCACUACAGGCGACCCACUGAUGGUCCAGAAACACUUGAAGCUCUGGGACCAACAAAUAUGACCCUUGUUGUCAUGAUGAUGGUCCAGGAGGAGAACCCUGGACUCCACUAUCGUUUUAAUCCCCCUGUCAACCGGGAACCGCUGAUUGGUUUUGCCUGGUACCACACAUCCUGGUCACACUGCUCUGCUCUCUGUGCUGGAGGUGAGCAGAUCCAGCAGGUGGUGUGUCGGAAGCGAUCGGAUAACUCUGUUGUUUACAACCACUUCUGUGAUAAGAAGCACAAACCCAAAGAGAGGCGCAGAUUUUGCAAUACUGAGCCAUGUUCCCCAACUUGGUGGACAGGAGGGUGGUCGGAUUGCAGUCACAGCUGCAAUGGAGGCCUGAGGACACGCGAGGUGUUAUGUAAAAGGAGGAUAUCUGCAGUCGAGGAGAAGGUCCUUGAUGACUCUGCCUGCCCCCCGUCUCGCCCCUCAUUCACUGAACCCUGCAACAACCACAGCUGCCCUCCUGAAUGGAUGGCCCUGAAUUGGUCAGAGUGUACACCCAGCUGUGGUCCUGGCUACAGACACCGAGUGGUUUUGUGCAAGAGUGGGGAGAGUGGAGACAUUCUGCCAGACACCAAGUGCCCCAAGCAUGGCAGACCCACUUCAAGAGUGCGCUGCAACCUGAAGCGAUGCCCUCCGCCUAUGUGGGUGAUGGGCCCUUGGGGGGAGUGUUCUUCUAAGUGUGGACUUGGCCAGGAGAUGCGCUCUGUGCAGUGUCUAACUCACACCGGCAUGCCAUCCAGCGAGUGUCUAGAGCAUCUGCGACCUGCCUCCAUGCAGCAGUGUAAGAGCAAAUGUGACCUCAUUCUACCCAUCAGUACGGACAAUCCUGAAGAAUGCAAAGAUGUGAACACUGUAGCCUACUGCCCUCUGGUGCUCAGGUUUAAGUUCUGCAGCCGGCCCUAUUUUAGACAGAUGUGCUGCAAGACUUGCCAGGGACACUGAUCCGGACCGGUGAACCUCACAACACACAAUCACACUCAGAAAAUGAACCUCGGACAGAGCGAUUGUGAUGCUGCCAGGCACCAACGGUGUCUGAACAGCUCAGAGGAAUUAGCAGUCACAGUCCACGUGGGAGCAGCCUGAGCUGAGUUUUGCAUUCUACCGUAGGGAAGGCUGCUAAAACCUGUCUUCUGUCAUAAUACUUUUGGUGCUACUUCUACAGCCGCUCCUUGGCUACAGAACAGGUUCAGAGGGCCACAUUGUGCUUGAGUCGACCUCAUUGUAAAGAGGUCAUAUUGUUCAGCUAUGUGUUUAAAAAUCAGCUUUGUAAAGAAAAAGAAAAUCCGUGAAAAGGAAUAUUUUACGUUCUGAAAGUUUUUCUUUAAGUUACAUGACAGUUGUUACUUGACCCUAGUGUUUCUCCCCCCCCUUCCUGAUUAUAUAUUCUGUGUUCAACAUGUGAGCAGAGUUUAAUCAUUCAUUGAACUUGUACAGUACACAGUACAAUUGUGUUUGUGCAGGAUUUUUUUUUUUUUUUUUUGUGAUUGCCAUCUUUUUGUAUACUCUGUUCUAUCAACCUGCUAAAAUAUCUUUAUGCUAGGGGUUGGGCGAUCGAAAAAUUUUUUUUUUAGAUCAAUCUUGUUGAUCAGCCAUGUCAUAUUUAAUGGACUAUAUGCAGAUGCAAACUAAAUAAUAUGACAGAUUUUGAACAGUUGCUCCAAAAGAGUCUAAUUUUGACUCUUUUCAAGUGGUUUAUUACACUCCAGGUGAGGUAAACUGUAUAGCUAAACACAUACCGUGGGGCAAAAAAGUAUUUAGUCAGCCACCAAUUGUGCAAGUUCUCCCAUUUAAAAAGAUGAGAGAGGCCUGUAAUUGUCAUCAUAGGUAUACCUUAACUAUGAGAGACAGAAUGAGGGGAAAAAAUCCAGAAAAUAACGAUUUUUAAAGAAGUUAUUUGCAAAUUAUGGUGGAAAAUAAGUAUUUGGUCAACUACAAACAGGCAAGAUUUCUGGCUCUUACAGAGCUGUAACUUCUCUUAGAGGCUCCUCUGUCCUCUCCACUCGUUACCUGUAUUAAUGGCACGUGUUUGAACUCAUUUUCAGUAUAAACGACACCUCUCCACAACCUCAAACAGUCACACUCCAAUCUCCACUAUGGCCAAGACCAAAGAGCUGUCAAAGGACACUUGAAGCAAAAUUGUAGACCUGCAUCUGGCUGGAAAGACUGAAUCUGCAAUAGGUUAGCAGCUUGGUGUGAAGAAAUAAACUGUGGGAGCAAUUAUUAGAAAAUGGAAAAUAUACAAGACCGCUGAGAAUCUCCCUUGAGCUUGGGCUGUAUGCAAGAUCUCGCCCUGUGGGGUCAAAAUGAUCACAAGAAAAGUGAGCAAAAUUCCCAGAACCACACGGGGAGACCUCAUGAAUGACCUCCAGAGAGCUGAGACCAAAGUAACAAAUAUUAUCAAUAAUACACUACACUAUCAAGGACUGAAAGCCUGCUGUGCCAGACGUGUCCCCCUGAUUAAGUCCGUAUACGUCCAGGCCCAUCUGAAGUUUGCUAGACAGCAUUUGGAUGAUCCAGAAGGGGACUGGGAGAAUGUCAUAUGUCAAUGUAACUUUUUGGUAGAAACGCAACUUUUUGUGCUUGGAGGAGAAAUAAUGCUGAAUUACAUCCAAAGAACACCAUAUCUACUGUGAAGCAAGGGGUGGAAACCUCAUGCCUUACGGCUAUUUUUCUGCAAAGGGACCGGGACGCACGAUCUGUGUCAGGGAAAGGAUAAAUGGGGCCAUGUAUCCUGAGAUUUUGACUGAAAACCUCCUUCCAUCAGCAAGGACAUUUAAGAUGACACUUGUCUGGGUCUUUCAGCAUGACAAUGAUCCCAAACAUACUGCCUUGGAAACAAAGGAGUGUGGCAUAGCCAAUCUCCAGAUCUCAACCCAAUAGAACAGUGGUUCUGAACUGGGGUUCGGUGAGUAAGCCCCAGGGGUUCGGUGAAGGUUAAGAAACGCAGAACCCUAUUUUGUACGCUGACUAAAUCUAUGCAAAGUGGCGUUUUAGACCAGGUUUUGGACUGGUUUGCCCUCAAUUUACAGACUUUAUUCAAUUUCUUUCAAAUGCUAGCCCUCUAUCUAUCGGAAGGAGAAAUCGGUUUGGUCAAUGGAAGGUUGACUGGCAACUGGUAUGAAGAAGUAUAACAGACCUACAGACAGCGGGAACUGCGUAGAUAAUUGGGGGGGGAAAUGUGUCAUUUUACACCAUGAAAAUGGUAUGUGAUGCAAGGAUGCGACAAUAAAAUCAGAAUGUAGACAUAAAAACAAAAAAAAGGACAGUAUGAAAUAAAAUGAGUUUGAUUUCACUUACCAAUGUGAAAAUCAACAGGAAAAGGCAACAUUAUUUGUAGUAAAUUUGAAAUCUGGAAGAAAUUUGAAAAGGAAUUCACUUAGAUGUUAGUUUGCAAGGUUUUGAAUUUGUAAAGAAAAAAAUUCGGUGAAAUGGUUCGGUGAAUGCACCUGUGAAACUCGUGGAGUUUGGUACCUUUAGAAAGGUUAAGAACACUGCCAUAGAAAAUCUUUGGAGGGAGUUGAAAGUCUGUGUUGCCCAACAACAGCCCCAAAACAUCACUACUCUCGAGAUCUGCGUGGAGGAAUGGGCCAAAAAUACCAACAACAGUGUGUGAAAACCUUGUGAAGACUUACAGAAAAUGUUUUGACCUCUGUCAUUGCGGACAAAGGGAAUAUAACAAAAGUAUUGAGAUAAACUUUUGAUCUUGACCAAAUACUUAUUUUCCACCAUAAUUUGCAAAUAAAUUCUUUAAAAAUCAGACAAAGUGAAUUUCUGGAUUUUUUUCCUCAUUGUGUCUCAUAGUUGAGGUAUACAUAUGAUGAAAAUUACAGGCCUCUCUCAUCUUCUUAAGUGGGAGAGCUUGCACAGUUGUUGGCUGACUAAAUUCUUUUUUGCCCCACUGUACAAUAUAACAAAGAACAUUACAAAUAUUGCGCACUAAAAUUUCAUUUUUCGAUCGCCUGCUAGCUCAAUGCUAAUAUAAAUGUUAGACGCCAUGGUAUUAAAACUACCAUUUAAAGAAACAAGAACAUGAGCACCAGAUUUUGAAAAAUCAUGAAUGGAAUUGCGAUUAGACAAAAUGGGGGGAAAAAACAGUCGCCUAACCCAACUUCAUACUGCGCAGGACAGAAAGACACAUUUUUAGCAUUAGCAGCUAACAUUUCAUAGCAUUCAAGAUUGUGUUGCAACUGUAGUUUGGCAGCUUUGAAUGAAAUCUCAAAACGAUGGUCAAAACCCUGAUCCGUUUGUAAAACACGCUAUUCUUGUCACAUUGAACCACUUGCUUGACAGUUUAAGUAACUAAAUAUAAACGGAAAUUCAGCGUCAGAGAAAGAGAGACAUUGUGACUCAUUGUCUAAUUAUACACUGUCUCCUCUGCGGGUUGACCACAUGAUUAAUGAUCAUUCAAACUCGUGGAAGAUUUGUUAUGUACGUGAUGGAAAUGUACUUCUAAUGUAAACAGUAUAGACUGAAGAGAAACACAAAAAUGAUUUAGUUGUAUUGUCAGUAUGCAUCUUUCCAAAACAUAUCAAGGACUGCUAUGUGUCCCAAUACUGUUGUCCAUGUGUGAUGUUGCAUCUCUUGUCACACAUACACUUAGUCACAUAUUUAGAGCUUCUUCAAUGUUUCUAAUAACAGUUUUCAAAUCAUUAUUAUUGUUAUUGGUUUUAGGGACAAAUUUUUUUGUUUUCUGGAUGGAAUUUGUGGAAAUCCAGCAGAGAAAUUCCUGACUAUGUCUAAACGCUUCGUUCCGCUGUGGAGCUCAUGUUACUUUUCUUCAUUGUGGUGCUUUCUUUCGGAAGGGUGCUAAUAAUUUGUUGUCAUGAUAUGUGUCCAAGUUAUUUUUUCCAGUUGAAUCAUAUGGUAUAUUCAUUCAGAAAUUGUACAUGAAGGGCCAGUUUGAAGUAAAAGAAUGUCUUUGAGUUGCAGCUUCAUGGAACCCCCAUUCUGCCCUGUGCAUCUUUUUAAA